CUCUCUCUCGGGCCGCCCUCUCCUUCUCGCCGCCUGAGGAGGCCCCUUCCCCGCAUCGCCAGCACUCUUCGUCCUCUUCUCAGGGCAGGAGCCAUGGAGCGGUUGACGCUUCAGCCAGGGGCCGCCGCCGCCAUCGACGAAUACCUGGAGUACAAAAGAAUUGUAGGUGAAGAUGAUGGAGGAAAACUCUUUACCCCUGAAGAAUAUGAACAAUACAAGAAAAAGGUGUUGCCAAUGCGUUUACAAAACCGAUUGUACGUGAGCUGGAGAUCCCCAACUGGCAUGGAUUGUAAACUUGUGGGCCCUGAAACCCUUUGUUUUUGCACUCAUAGGUAUAAACAACACAAAACAGAUUUUGAUGUGAUUCCAAAGGAACGCCCUAUUUCUCUGCCCUGUAAGGUCAGCCGAUGUCUAUGCGCAUCUUACAGCUUUGUCCCUCUCAAUGGCACUCAUCCCAUCCGCUGUAGAUGUAAGCAUUUUGCUGAUCAGCACAGUCCAGCACCUGGGUUUCCAUGUACCAUAUGUUCCAAAUGUUCAGGAUUUCACAGUUGCUUCACAUGUGGAUGUGGGGAACCAACAUAUGCUCAUGAAACAGUGGUGGAAACCAAAGAGGAGCGCUUGGCCCAAGGAAAGCCAGUGGGGCAUGAUGUCCCUUAUGCUGCAAUGGGAGGACUAACUGGCUUUAGUUCACUAGCAGAAGGCUACAUGAGACUAGAUGACAGCGGGAUAGGAGCUCCUUCUACUCAGUUCCUUGAAGCUCCUGUAACCAAUAUGGAUCAUCCCUUUUUAAGAGCACUGCAAGGACCUUCCAGUUCUGCUCAAGCACAGUCGCAGUUAACAGAUGGUGGAACAAGUACAGCAAUGCAAGCCACCAGUUUAAGGCGACCUGAGGAAGAUGACAUGGCUUAUUUUGAAAGACAGUAUCAAGCAAAGUUAAAACAACAGAAGGCUGUGACACAGAAAGGAAAAGGUCCUUUGCCAUCAAAGAAUUCUUGAGAAGCAAUAAAUAAAAAAAUGCUUUUGAAUCACA